AUGUCGGAGGCGACUCCCGAUCCAUCCACCCAUCUUGAACCUCCCAGCAACACGAUCCAGAAAGAAGACCCAGGAGCUGAGGACACGGCUUCCAGCAGCGACGACGAACACUUCUCAGACGCCAGCGAAGGUCAUGACAAUGUAUCAUCAAGUCCUCAAUUCGGCAGCACGUCCCCUGUCCCGCGAACUCGAGUUGAACGUGUGGACAGCAACCCACACCACGGCGAGGUGCCUGGCACUGCUGCAUAUGAAAUGAGAGAGCAGGACGCUGUUCCCGACGAGAUUGAAAUCCUUCCAGAAAGUGCCGAGGGUACACAAAGCAAGGACGUUUCUCCUGCGGGGUCGCAAGACCGACCCUUGACCCCAAGCGGUUCGCCAAUCCCACGGACUAUAGUAGAAAAAGUUGAUCCAGAAUUGCCCAGCCAUGGCGAAAUUCCUGGAACCGAGGCAUAUGUCAAGCGCCAAGCUGAUGCCGUACCUGACCUCAUCAAGCCGGCCGAUGAUCCUGAUGACGCUCAACCUCCUUCCGUGAAUCAUGAAUUUCCGGAUGCGAACUCAUCUGAUCAGGAAAUACCCGCGACUAAGGUUUCUCGGGUGGAAACCAUGCCUACUGAGGAAGGGCUACCAUCACAUCCAAAGGCCCAUCAGUGCUCACCGAGUGACGCAGUGCCCGACAUUGUGGAGACAGUGCCUGACGCCUCAAGACCCGAGCAACACUUGUCACAAGACCUUGCGGAAGUAUCCAGCGACAACCAAGACUUCGGAGAUGAUUUUGAUGAAUUUGUUGAAGAGCAAGACGAAAUGGGAGACGACGACUUUGGAGAUUUUGAUGACGGCUUCCAAGAGCCCACCGAUGAGGUUGAUGAAGAAGCGCCUAUGGGUGGCACCAUGACACCUCAGCAGCCUCUUGCACUUCCCUCUGUGCCUCCCCUCAUCAACUUCGACGCUUUCAAAUCCACCUCCGAUCUUCUCUCAGCCCUCCAAGGCACUCUCGAUAACCUUCUUCCAGCCUCUCAGGAUCUCGACUCCUUACCACCAGUCGAACCGAUUCCUGACUCAUCAGCAAUCUUCAGCACAGAGCGCUCCCUCUCCCUCUGGUCCCAGCUUGUAGCCCCACCACCCCUACAACCACAGAACUGGGUGAAGUCACGCAUUCGCAGACUCUUCCUCGUGUCUUUAGGCGUACCAGUCGAUCUCGACGAGAUCCUCCCUGCAUCCAAGCAAAAGAAAUUAAUUCUUCCGUCCAUCGAUCUCGACGGAGUUUCACCAACCCGCAACCAAGCCCCAAAAGAGGGCGAAGGCGAAGGUACCCAAAACACGACCACUACAGGGCAGGCCCCUACACGCACCAAAACCACUCGCCGCUGUGCACCUCCACCGCCGGAACUAGACCUUUCAGCUGUCCGUCGUCUGUGCGCAACCACAGAUGCUGCGCUUGGCGGUCUGACGGAUUCAGAGCUGAAAGGGCAUGUUCAGGAAUUGGAGAAUGUCACGCUGCGCGCCAGUUCACUAUUGGAGUACUGGCUCAAGCGGCGGGACGGCUUGAUUGGCGAAAAAGGAGGCCUUUGA